AUGGGAUAUUCGAGGACGCUCGAAUCACUCGCCACGGCCGCCGUGAUGGAUGCGGAGCGACUGAAGCAGAUCGGCUUCAUCCAGCACAUCUACGCGAAUGACCAAGACUUCGAGGCGUACUUGAAGAAGUUUAUGGCCAUCGACAUCGAGCCGAUCAAGGGGUUGAAAAAGGCUGCCUCCGCUCUCCAUACACGCGAUUCCGAGGCGUUCAACGUGGAACGCAGCGUCUUCGCCUCACUUUGGGGUGGACCGCUUCAACUUGCUGCACUCGCCGCCAACAAGAAGCAUAAU